AUGACGGCUUCAAAGCAGCCUCUUGACAUUCUCGUCAUCGGCGCCGGCAUUGCUGGUCUCUCGACAGCCAUUGCCCUUGGAAAACAGGGGCAUCACGUUGUGGAGUGGUACCUCGUGCAUCGAGUUGAGCUGCACAAUCACCUCAAGAAACUUGCCCUUGAGACCGCAACGCUACAUACCCGGUGUAGAAUCACCGAGGUCAUUGUGGAAGGGACUUGCCCGUCGGUUACCCUCGAUGAUGGUCGCACUUUCAAAGCCGACCUGCUCCUCGGUGCAGAUGGACUGCAUUCCCAAAUUCGCGACAGUAUCGCCCCGGGGUCUCCCUCCCCAUAUCCCGUCGGCAAGUCUUGUUUUCGCUGGCUGCUUCCAACAGAUCAAUUAAGGCAAAAUGCAAGCACUGUAGAUUUUGUGCGAGACACCGGCUUGUUUAUUGAGUGGGCAUCUAAUGACCGGCGACUCGUGGCCUACCCUUGCUCUGAUAACAAAAUCCUCAAUCUUUGUGCAUUUGUCCCUUUGGAGGAAGUUCACGCAGAUAAUCAGAGUGACAAUUGGCAGACAGUUGGAGAUAAUGCUACAAUUGUCAAGGCCUUUUCUAAAUUUUCACCCGGAGUUCAACAAAUCAUCGCGAGCGCGGACAAAACCCUCAAAGUAUGGGAUCUGUACGAUAUGGAUGCACUCCCGACCUGGACUCGAGGUCACGCUGCUCUUCUAGGAGACGCAGCACAUCCUUUCCAGCCAUACAUGGGACAGGGUGCAGCCAUGGCAAUUGAAGAUGCUGUCAGCAUCGCCACCUUGCUUCCAUAUGGCAGUACAUCGCACGAUAUACCCAUGCGACUUGAAAUGUAUCAAACGGGUCGUCGGCCACGGGUCGACCUUGUCCUCCACUACACUCGGAUGAAUGGACGGGACGAGAACGAUGCAGCCGGCGAUAGAAUGUCAGCUGCGGAAAUGGUAAAGAUCAUGAAUAUUUGUUUCUCGCACAAUGAGAUUGAGCACUCUGCAAAUUUGCUCGAUGGCAUCAAUUCCAUGCCUUGGGCAUCUUUCAAGCUCGGGCCAUCUAUCAUUCUUGGCCACUCCGCCCCCCCCCCCCUAACCAAACGGCUGGGCCGGAGCAAAGGUUGGACCGGGAAGACCGGGAUGCAAUUUAAGUCGUUCCUCCGUCUCCGAGAUAGCUGGCUAGACGUGACCCCGGGUAUGCCGUUGAGGGCCGACCAGGUGACUCCGGAUGAUGAACGAGCUUGGCAACGCGAUAUCAAGAAAUUUCGAAAGAAGGCCCCGCCCCGUCCGCGCGAUACACAUCAGCUACGUGAGACUGCCGUUGUGCGAAUUCCCGCCGAAGCCGGCGAUGGUUAUUUUCAGCUAGUUCUCUGCCAAGGGGUCAGGAAGAAGGUGCUUGGCACUAGCCCCGUGUUCCGGGUGCUCUCUACAUCCACUGCCCCCAGUUCGAUCCGGGGCGCGAGCUUAAGCACGCUGCCUCUGGAGGUCGGGGCUAUGGUUGUAAGCCUUUAUGCCCAAACUGCUGCCCGAACCACGGCAGCUCCGGCCGCCAUGGCCAUUCACGCAAAAGCUGUUGCAUUGCGUCCAUCGUGGGUGACAAAGAAUGCGGCCCAAAAGGUUUACACGACUAGUGGUAUCGAGAACCGCGUGGGCGGUAUUAUCAAUGGCCCUAAAGGUCCCAUUGGGCGAUAUAAGAUAAAUCCAGCAGCGCCGGAAAUAGUCGGAAGCAGCGCGGUUUCUAUCGAUGCCGGUCCUCAGCCACCGUUUCCUAUGACAUUCAAAUCUCGCUAUCAAACCGAUGAACUUUUGUACCGCAACAACCCUGACGGCGCACCAAAGUUGACCUUAAUUAGAAUGCCUGACUGGGUGACGGAGCAGUUAAGGGGCUACUUCUUCGGCUGGGCUCGAUUCGAUACUGGGUCGAGCAAAGAUCCCCCGACUGAUGAAUGGUGCCCAGCGAUUUUAUCUGUGCGAGCGCUAGAUCCCCUCCAGGCGGCGAGAGUAAAUUUGGCUCAGCUAUCAAAACGUGUGGUCGCAAUUCGCCUCCUCGAGGAUCUUCCUCUCCAUUCAAAUAAAAUUGAAAUCCGUGUUUUGGGAUACCUUCGCGCUGAAAUCCCACCGCCCACCGGGAUCACGAGCAAAGAACUCGCUGAGGCGCAAGCGGCCGCUGCAGAGGCGGCUUUGCUCGCUGAUGUAUACGACGCAUCCGUGGUGCAGGAUACUCUGGCUCAUCCUGCGUGGGCCGCGGAACACCCAGCGAUGCCAGACCAUCAGCAAAACUCGAGUUGGAUUGAUCGCACUGUCGAGGGGUAUACCGAUAUCAUCACACGUGGACAGAAAUUAGUUGAACAAGUUCCAUUGCACCUAGUUGGAGUUCGCUCUGUCACCGAUGGGCUCAGAGAGAGCCAGGUUGCUGUAAACGGGUUCUAUAUAGUCCGCUAA